UAAAUAUAUGUAUAUAUAUAGACAUACAUAUAUAUACAUAUAUCAACUAUACGAUAGAAUGUGAUAAAGUACAAAAGUUAUGUUAAGUUCAUGGUAUUGUGUAAAAGGACAGCAGUGCAAGAACAUUUCAAUAAUAUUUUGAUGAUAGGAUAUUUAAUUUUUUUAGUACAAUAAGUGAUUUAUGAAAUAAACAUAGAAAUGCUUCCUAACAUACAUGAUAAAGAUUACAGAGUUUUGGAUUUAGUACGUCAACGUGAAAUACGGGAUUCAGUGGCAUAUGCAGUUUCUCAGAAGUUACAUGUGACAGAAAAUUUGAUAUCCCGGUUAGGACUUGAAAAAGAAUUAGUUGGUCAUACAGGAUGUGUUAAUUGUUUAGAAUGGAAUGAAAGUGGGCAAAUUCUUGCUUCAGCAUCUGAUGAUAUGAAUAUUAUAUUAUGGGAUCCAUUUCGAUAUGAAAAAAAGUUAAUACUUCGUACACGUCAUCAUGGAAAUAUAUUUUCUGUUAAGUUCAUGCCAAAAUCAAAUGAUAGGAUAUUGGUAUCAGGUGCUGGAGAUGGGAAAGUACGAGUUCGUGAUCUUACGCUUCUUGAACCAAUAUUUUCAUGUAAUUGUCAUAUAGGUCGUGUAAAACGUAUUGCUACUGCAACUACUGUACCUUUUCUUUUUUGGAGUGCUGCAGAAGAUGGUCUUAUUUUACAAUAUGAUAUUCGUGCUCCUCAUAGUUGCAAAAGCAAUGGUUGUAAUAGUGUAUUAGUAAAUCUUGUUAAUCAUGCUGGUCGAUAUGCAGAAGGCAAGUGUAUUUCUGUGAAUCCAAAAAAACCUGAACUAAUAGCUAUUGGAGCCAAUGAUGCAUAUAUACGAAUGUAUGACCGUAGAAUGAUUAAGCUUUCUCAGGUGCCUAUUUCGUCUCCACAUAGUAACUGGACAAGAGGAAAUGUAUGUAUACGUCUAGCUGGUGGAGGUGAUCCAGAUGAGAAUGUACCACUGGGUUGCGCACAGUACUUUAUCGCGGGCCAUCUGCAUUCUCGGCAACGUGACAGUAAUAGAAGUCUCACUACUACAUAUUUAACCUUCAGUGCUGACGGAAACGAGCUACUUGUUAACAUGGGUGGUGAACAAAUUUAUUUAUUUGACAUCAAUAAUCCAAAAAAUUUGAAGACUUGCUUUGGUUACUCCUCAAAUAUGUAUUUGGGAGAUUUUGAAAAGUGCAGUAUGGCAAAUCAUGAAGAUAUUACAGAUUUUACCAACAAAAACAUUAAAAUCCUACCACCACAUGUUGAAGAAUUAAAACGUCAAGCAAAUGAAAGCUUUGAACAACAAAAGUACACAUUGGCAAUUAAUUUAUACAAUAAAGCAAUUUGUUAUUGUCCUACUGCUGCUGUGCUUUUUGCUAACAGAGCUGCAGCAUAUAUGAAAAGAACUUGGGAUGGUGAUAUAUAUGCUGCUCUUAAAGAUUGUCAAACAACAUUGCUUCUUGAUCCUGGACAUGUAAAGGCUCAUUUUAGAUUGGCCCGUUGUCUCUUUGAUUUACAUCAAUCAGUUGAAGCUGAUAAAAUAAUUAAAGACUUUCAACAAAAAUUUCCGGAAUAUGCAUCCAACUCUGCGUGUAAAGCAUUAAAAAUGGAUAUAAAAGAAGCUAUAGAUUCUGGUAGAGAUAUUGAUAUGAAUCAAUUAAUGAUUCAAAUAUCAGAAUAUGAACAAGAAUGGCGACGCAAUACAAUUGAUUACAAAAUGAGGUUUUGUGGGCAUUGUAAUACUACAACUGAUAUAAAGGAAGCCAAUUUCUUUGGGAACAAUGGUCAAUAUAUUGUAGCAGGAUCAGAUGAUGGAUCUUUCUUUAUUUGGGAUCGUAAUACCACAAAUAUUAUACGUGUACUAAGAGGAGAUGAACGCAUUGUAAAUUGUCUUCAACCUCAUCCAUCUACAUGUUUACUAGCUACUAGUGGUAUUGAUCCAGUAGUUAGAUUAUGGAGUCCUUUACCUGAGGAUGGUAGCAUAAAUGAAAGAGAAAUUCAGAAUUUAGAAGAUGCUGCAUCUGCAAAUCAAAUACGCAUGAAAAGCGAUCCAUUUGAAGUAAUGCUUAUGAAUAUGGGGUAUAGAUUUCCUGUUCAGCAGGCUGAACUGAAUGAAGAUGGUGAUGAUAAUCAAGAUCAAUCAAUUGUGCAACCUUUAAAUUGUAGACCAAGUUAAAUUUAAAGACAAAAUCUGAAAAGUGGUAUGAAAUUGCAAUUAAACAAUUAAAGACUUAUUCAGUGUUAUAUUCUAGAAUACUAAUGCUUUAAUUCCAAUUAUCUAUUUUUUUAUCAAUUCCUUAUAGACGUUGACUUUUCCAUAAAUAACCUAUCAAAAAAUAUUUGGUAAAGUGUUAAAAAUAUAAAUUUUGAAAAGAGAAGAAAAUAGUUGUACUAAAUAGUUGUGAAAUUCCUAUCAUCGACUUCUUUUAUAUAUAAUAAAAAUGGGCAUAGAUAUGUAAAGAGAUAACACAUUAAAAACAGACAAUAGUUAUGGUAUAAUAUAAUUGAUUGUAUUUUACACACAUAAUACUUAUAUAUAUAUGUUUAUUAUAUCUCUGUUUUUUGUAUAAAUUAGCUGCUAAACAUUAAAUGAUUCAAAGAAAUGAAAAUUAGGAAAAAAUGUAGAAUAAUAUAUUUUAUUGUAAUAAUUUUUUUACAUUAAUUUAAAAUAUUAUAAUUUUAAUUUAUAAAUGAAUAAAAAAUUAACUUUUAUAUUUAUUUUA